AUGACUGAGGAAACGGUUGAACUGCUACCGGAGCAUGUCGAAAAUGCGGAGAUUGUUCCACCACCGCCACCCACUCUACUGACCCUGCCGGAUGUUACGUUGUUACAUACGCUGAACUUUUGCGACUAUCUUUCAUUGCAAUCCCUCCGAAAAACAUGCAAGUUUUUCCGAGCUCUCGUAGAUGAAUCGUUACUGGAUUCCAAGAUUACCGAUCUCUCUGUAAUUGUGCAAAGACGGAACGUUGUGCUUAUGCUUACAACAAAAACUUCUCCAGUUCUCUUUAUCUCCUUUCAUCAACGAGCAGACGGAUGUUAUGUUGGUGGAGAUAGAGGUGAAAAAAAACUUCCGGAUAACUCAUAUUAUCUCGACGCUUUUUUCAUUGAUCUUGAAAUCUUGAUAAGACAUGGCAAAAGCAUUCUCGAGAAAUUUGUGGUAUUUAUGCAUGAUGAUCAAAUCCGAGCAGAAUUUUGCGAGAGAUUUCAUUUAAUGAUGAUGGAAAAGCCACAAUUGAAAACGAAGUAUUUGCAUAUUAAUGGAGUAGAUGCUGCUCCUGUCCUCUCUCUUCUGCCACAUGUUGACCCUGAAUACCUCACGUUUAUGGAUAUUACUGGAACUGCAGCUAGGCCAGAUUUCAGUGGCAUUUUGGCGUUGGAUCAUUGGCAAAAAGUAGCUAGAGUGCAUUUAACGAGAUGUGUCAUUCCUAACGUUUUUCAAGAUAUUGGUCAUUUGGAGGUGUUCAAAACUCAGUUGCAGACUGUGAUGACAGCCACCGAUAUAAGACUACUGAAAGAUAUGUUUCUGCUUCCUAACACCAAUCUCAAAGAAGUCGGCCUCUGCUUCGAUACUCGAGACAACGAUGAAGCGAUGACUGCGGAACUGGGGGAAAUACUUGUCAUUGAUCCAGAACCGGUGUUCGUAAAAUCUAGAACAUGGUACUUCAAGAGAGCUCAAAAAAUUGUUGCAGUCACAAUUGAUGUCCGAGAUGCUAGACUCAAAAUAUGCGAUAAUUCUAAUAAUAUAGAUUAUCGUAUGGAGUUCCCGGCACUUACCAUCCAGAUGCCGCAGGCCGAAGAUCUCACAGAUUCCAGUACCACGACAACACCGGUCUCACUAGAUAGGAGUCAGCGGCCACCACAUUCUUACAAGGAACUCAUCAUCGAGGCAAUCGAAAAGAGUCCACAGAAGCAGCUGAUGCUCAAGGAGAUUUAUGCGGUAAUCGCCCUCCUCUACCCCUAUUACCGUACCCGUGCCGACCAAUGGGGAUGGCAAAACUCGAUCCGUCACAAUCUCAGUCUCCACGAUUGUUUCGAAAAAGUCCCACUCCGCCAUCACGACACUACUCUCCACGGACCAAACAACUCUGGCCACUACUGGCGUGUGGUUAAUGUUCCGAUUGAGAAGCAGAAUCUGAGAAAGAGGGUCCGUAAGCAACAAAUGCAGCCGAGACUGGUGUCAAGAGGAAAUAGCUCGCGGAGCGUCGACGCGUCACCAAGUCCAGCGUCGAUCAGCCCGACUAGUGGGGUGCCAACGCCAAGCCCACUAUUUGAGUAUCUCAAUGGGUUGACUGCUUCGAACCCUCUCCAAAACUCUAUCGCCACUCAAGUCAACGGACUCCCCAACUUGCUCUCAACGGCGGCUCCACUCCAACUAAACCCAAUUUUGGCCACCCUCCUGUCCAGUAUCCAAAUUCUUGCAGCACAAAACCAAAAUGCGCAGACCGACACUCCAGCUUUCCAAUUUUAA